AUACACCUGCACACACGGACACACACACACACACAGGAAUGAGAUGUGGAGUGUUGCUAUGAAGGAGGAGGAUAUACAUGAAGGACAGCACAGCAGAGACAACUGGAACGGCGGAGGGGGAGUCACACACAUUUGGACAAGAACAUGUCUUGAAGAUGAGCUGUCCUCAGGCUGAGUUCGAGGAAAAGGACCGCCCUCCACCAGAGGAAUUAGAGUGUAAGAUCUGUUACCAACGCUACAAUGCACACAACCGCAGGCCUAAGAUCCUGGACUGCCUGCACCGGGUCUGUGCCCGCUGCCUUGCCAAAAUCCUGGACAUCGCUGACGGAGCAGGAUUUAUCUGCUGCCCCUUUUGCCGACAUCAAACCGAGAUCACGGAGUAUGAGGUGUCGGCCCUGCCCGACGAUGCCAACAUCAUGUGCCACAUUGCAAUGCGGGACAAAUCCUGGAGCUCUGAACAAAACAAGGAGGUGGUCCUGACUCCAAAGAGCUUGUCCUCCUCCAGCCCGUCUCAUGAGUCCUCCAACUGCUUGGUCAUCACUAUAAUGGACGUUCAAACGGACUUGCACAACUCCCCAAGCAGAAAUGAUAGCUCUGACAUCUAUGCUGAGCAGAGCCUGGACUCGGUCUCAUUGGGCUCCAAUGGGCUGGCUAAUCAGGACGCCCUGUCCAAGCUCUGCAAUCAUGUUCCACGUAUCCUGGUCUGGCUGCUGGGUUUCUUGUACUUUGGCUCCCUGCCUCUAGGAAUCUACUUGUUAGUGAUCCAGAGAGUGACACUGGGCAUUGUUUGUGUUAGCUUGGUCCCAUCAAGCCUUACUGUUUGCCUGGUCUAUGGGUUCUGCCAGUGUCUGUGCCAGGGCAUGUGUGACUGCUCCUCCAGGGCCUGAGAGGAUGCUGUCCAGUUCCUCGGAUAUGUCGGAGUAAUUCCAUGCGUUUUGUGAAGAUGAUACCCAGUCUUACACAAGCUUUACAAGUCUACGAUCUUUAUGGAAAUAAUGGUCAAGUGAAAGAAUGGCUUAUACUGGUCUAUACUUUUGUUAGGUCUACCGCUGCAACUCAGAAACCAGUUUAGCCAG